UUGAAAUCUUUUUUCCAACCCCAUCAAAAUUCACUUUUUCUUUUUCGUUUUCUCACUUUUCCAUUCUUUCUUGUCAGAUAAGUCUAUUUAUCCUUGAUCACAUUCUCAAUUUAGUCUCUUAUAUUAAUCUAUAGUGAUACCAUACCAUUUAUUCCCCUACCUAUAUAUUCGUUAUUAUAUUGCAUAUCUUCACUUUUCGCUUCCUGUCCUUUGCAAUUUCGUUUCAUUUUCCCGUAGAAUCUCCGGCAGCUGAGCUUACCGCGGGGAGAUCUGAAUUUGGGUGGGAAGGAUCUGAAAAUGGGUUCGGUUCCUCCAGAACUGAGCUUGGAUUUGAGACCCACUUUUGUUCCCAAGACGAUCAGUGAUUUUCUCUACGAGGUUUCCACGAUCGGAAACGCCGCCGACAAGUUGUCGAGGUUCGAUGAGUUUCUCAAGAGAUUGGAAGAGGAAAUGAGGAAGAUCGACGCUUUUAAGCGUGAGCUUCCUCUUUGCAUGCUCCUCUUAAAUGAUGCAAUCUUGACUCUGAAGGAGGAAUCAGCAAAACUCAGGACUCCUAUUUCUCAGCCAGUGCUGGAAGUAUUUAUUCCCUUGACGAAAGAAUGUGAUCAGAAAAAGGAUGAUAAGAAAGAAAAGGAAUGCAGAGAUAAGAAGAAUUGGAUGAGUUCUGUUCAGCUCUGGAAUACCGAUAAUCAUCCCACUACUAACAACCAUGCUUAUGAGCAAAGACAACACUGUGAAUUAGAAAACAAGAAAUGCGAAGAGGAAGGACAAUCUCUGCCUGAGGACCUAUUCCAAUCUCGUAGAAACGGUAAUAGUGGGUGCAGGGCGUUCUUUCCUUUCUCAACCUACCCUAGCAUCCCUGCGACACCAAUGACAACAAAGGAAGGAAAGGAAGACUCCAUUAAUGGUCUCUCUCUUCUGACUCCCGGUACUAAAAAUUUGAGGGAAGGUUCUGGUUCAAGUGGAUCGAGAAGUAGCUCUAGCAGAGCAGUUUCUUCCUCGACUCCCAGUUCACAGCCAAUUAUGCCCACAGGUCAUCAGCAGCCACAGAAGCAAGUUGCCCGGAAACAGAGGAGGUGCUGGUCACCGGAGCUGCAUCGACGAUUUGUCAAUGCAUUACAGCAACUUGGAGGUUCUCUAGCGGCAACCCCAAAACAAAUAAGAGAACUCAUGCAAGUUGAUGGCCUGACCAACGAUGAAGUGAAGAGUCAUUUACAAAAAUAUCGACUUCACACGCGAAGAACACCGGCUAACACGGCUUCACCCGCUAAUCAGUCUGUGGUUCUCGGAGGCUUGUGGAUGUCCCCAGAUCAGCACAAUGAAUCCUCCAAGGCUAGCAGUUCUGGGUCUGGUUCUCCUCAAGGUCCCCUCCAGUUAGCCGCAUCCGGUGGAGGGAUGUCUCGAACUGAAGGCGACAGCAUAGAAGAUGAUGAAGAUGAAAAAUCUGAGAGCUUUAGCUGGAAAAGUCACAUUCACAAACCUGGAAAAGAUGUAUAGAUACUGUCCACCAUGAAUUUUGCUGAUAAAAAUAUACGUGGGAGGAGUUUUACAACUACAUAAGUAUACUACAUCAUACCUGAAAAGAAAAAAGGAUCUACGAAUAGAGGCUAUUGAAAUUUUGCAGGACUAGCUUUACUUUUAUUUAUCCAACUUGAGUUUUAUCAUGAGCACUCCAAAAUAAAAUUCCUCCAUGCCAUUUCCCCCGUAUAUCAAGUUCCUUCAUUUCUUUGUCCGGUGUUUUAGAUCAUUUACUCAGUAAGACCCCAAAUUUUCAAACUAUGGAUGUUUCGUAAAUUCUUAGGAAUGAGGUUGGGCUUUUGAAUGUAGAGUCCAAAUUUGUUAGG